UUUCAAGCCGGCGAAUUCGGUUGAAUGAUCGAAUUUGUGAGAAAGAUUUCUUCUCAGAGCAAGUGCCCAAUGUGAUCUUUGCUCCAGCGCUUUCAAAAUUUGAGCGAGCCCCGACUGAACGUCUUCAAGCAAGGAUCAACCCAACCAAGGACGAGCGCCCACAGAUUAGAGAAAGAAGACCAUGAAAUUGACUGCCCUGUUGCUCCUUUGUUUGACACCGUUGGUUGCUGGUGGUGCCUGUACUGGCGAUGGAGGUACCUGUGAAACUGUGUUCAGCUCUGUCACCUGUACCGAAGUCGGCGGCAACGAAGAAUCAUGCCUCCAUGCCACCGGAACAUGUGAGAAUGUCUGUGAGAGGGCAAAUGUUGCUGGCUACGACUCUCCUUGUUUGUGCACCAAAGAAUUUCAAGGAUGUACCGGUGCCGAAUGCGACUAUGAAGUUUCUUGUGGUGGCACAAUCGAUUGCGCGGAUUUCGACAAUGCAGUGCACUGCUCUGUAUCCAAGGGCUGCAAAUGGGACCCGUCGGCCGAUCCAACCGACACUGUGGAAGCAAGUAUAUUCACCGUUGAUGACUACAUGACGUACUUGGUCAACCAGGGUGUCUCUAAUGAAGAAGAUUUUCUGGUAUCUUCUUCUCCCCAAUCCAUGGCACUGCAGUUUAUUGCGGUGGAUGACGGGCUCGACCUGGGUGUCCCGAAUGGCGACCUGGAUACCACAGAAGGCUAUGAAUUCAUCACUCGAUAUGCCCUCGCAGUUUUGUAUUAUGCAACCUUGGGUCCAAGACAAUGGUCUUUUGAAUUGAAUUUCUUGCAAGCUACCCCAGUUUGCUCCUGGUACUCGGUUCUACAAUACGCAGACUCGAGUACUGAAGUAAGAGGAGUCGUUUGCAGCCGAAAUGCAACCAGUAAUCCCACAGCGUUGUAUUUGACAAACCAGAAUGCCCGUGGAUCACUCCCUGCAGAACUGGGUUUUAUUACCUCCCUAGUAGUCAUUGACCUGGACAAUAACCGUAUUGCUGGUCCUAUUCCUGAAUCAUACCAAAAUCUCUCGAAUCUGACCAACUUUUUUGCUCAGGGCAACCGCCUUAAUGGAACGUUUCCUGCCUGGAUUCUAGGCCUUCCAAACAUCAAAAACAUUAACUUUUCUACAAACUACUUGACUGGGACCGUGCCAGUUACUGCAGGAGAUUCACAGAGCCUUGUUGGACUGGCAAUAGACAACAAUCUGCUCACUGGAAGUAUCCAAGAUACCUUUGAUACAUCAGUCAGAGUUGGAAUGACCGAUUUAGAACAGUUCUACAUUGAAAACAAUCUUUUCACAGGAGCUCUCGGGCCUAACUUCAUGAAAGAUUUGACAACACUGCAGUACUUGGACAUAUCUGAUAAUGAUUUCACUGGUUCCGUUGAAGCCCACCUCUUUGAACUUUCUCAGUUGCUGGUCUUGGACAUGCACGACAAUGGAUUUGAUACCUUGCCAACUGAGUUCCCAGAAAACAACAAUUUGACCCUUUUGGCUUUGCAGAAGUGCAGUUUCUCCAGCCAGCCAAUUCCACCUUCCAUCUCCAAUCUAGGAGGCCUCAAGCACCUGGAUCUAUCCCAGAACGCACUGACUGGAGAGAUCCCUUCAAGUAUUGGCAUGACAAACUUGACAUAUCUCUUUUUGGCUCAGAAUGACUUUGUGGCCAACCCAAUUCCUUCCUGGAUUGACGAUCUGACAAGCUUGCAGGAACUCUCACUGAAGUCCACACAGAGGACUGGAACCAUUCCAAGCUUUCUGGGAGACUUGAGCGACCUUGUCAUCUUGGAUCUGGAUGACAAUGACCUUGUGGGCACAAUUCCUCAUUCCCUAGGAAACCUGGGAGAGCUGCACAUCCUGCUGCUAAACAGGAACAAUCUUGUCAGUGUCAUCCCAGACACUUUUACAAGUCUCAGCAGUCUGAGACUAUUGUAUUUAGACGCCAAUGAGCUUAUUCAAGGUGACCUUGACGUGCUGUUCUGUUCCAAUCCAGACUUUGAGGACAAGCCUGUGAUUGUGGCAUCAUGUGAUGUCUGCGACUUGGCUUCUUCUGAAUGCUGCGCUGUGUGUUGUCAGGGAACAUCAGAAUGCAACACAGGAUUCCAUGUUCCGGAUUUGGAUCCUAUCUGGCAGCUUGGCUACAAUCGAGUGCACUUUACUUUUGGAAGAGAGGACUUUCUUGACAAAGACCGGGUGCCAUAA